AAAAGCAAGAGCAAUUUGAAAUGGAGUUGGAUCAACAGCAAUCCUGUGAUGGUUUCACCAUGGACACAACUUCAAGCUCCAAUAUUAAUUUUCCUUGUGGCCGUUUCAUGGGCAAAGUAGAGAAACCGGGCAAAACAGACAAAUCAGAUGAGGCAGAGAAUCCAUGUGCGCCUAUAUUUUCCACCUCCACCUCUUCCUCAUCGUCCAAUACUUUGUUGAGCCAAUAUUUCGACGCUGAGUGCCAGAAGCACGAUCACACACGCAAAGAACCGCCCAACAUUGGCUACGAGUUGAAUGUGGCUAAAGCUAUUAUGCAAAAAUAUAGCAGUAUCAGCGGCGAUAACUUAUUUGAUCACUUAUCAGACAUUAUCAAGCGAGUCAUCGAUGAGCGACCACCAAAUGUAAUUGAUUUCUUCGAAGAAUUCAGUCGUAAUGUACGCGAACAGAAGCUACAUCUGCCAGAGCGAUUUCCACCAGAUGGAGUUUUCGAAGAGUCUCGCCUCUAUCGUGUGGCCAAAAAGAUGCUUUUAUCUAUGAAGUUACCCGUAUACGAUUCGAACGAGCUGCCAUUGGCUGCGGAGGCAAUUCCUUCAGAGGAGUCCAAAUCGACAAUUUUGGGAGGUUUAAAACUUGAUAUUUUGGACAUGAGCCGUUUCGUAACAUUCAACGAGCGUGUACAACACUUGCAAUUCUUUUGGAAUCAAUGCGGCUUCGGCAUCAAUCCAGAUGACAUAUUUCAACUCGCUUGCUCCAUGGAUCGUUUACAAAUGCAUCCAUCGAUUAUGCAAUGCCGUUUCUGGGGAAUGAUGAAUGGUCUCAAAGCCUCUUAUUAUGUAGUGGAGGCAUCAUUGUCGCAUGAAGAAGUACUCUCGCGAGCCGAACAAAUGACAGAGGAGUUACAAGAAUACAAUAAGGCGAUGAUGGCGCGUAUGCUAUCACCCGAACAGCCAGUACCAACUUUUGUCGGCCCUGAGCUAACACCAGGAAAUAUGGGUUGGGACGACCAUCCGAUUGAAGAUUUGGAGAAAAUGGUGCCAGUUGUUGCGCCAAUACCAAUAGUCGCAGUUAAAGAAGUAUUCGCUAUACCACCUGAAAUCGUCGGUACGGGCACUAAUCGCUUUUCGUAUUUUGUUGUGAACUCCGUUUCGGAUGACUGGAUAGAGUUGCCUAUGGUAACACCUAAACAAAUCAAUGCCAGCCGCCAAAUUAAAAAGUUUCUUACGGGCGAUCUUGAAGCUGACAUUGUAUCUUAUCCUUGCUUUCCGGGCAAAGAGAAGCAUUACUUGCGUGCACUCAUCGGUCGAAUUACCGCCGGUACGUACAUUGCGCCAAAUGGUUACUAUCGCAAAAUGACGAAGAAGGAAAAACGUGCAUUCGAUGGAUUUGAAGACGAUGAGGAGGAGGAGGAAGAAGACGACGAACCAAAUGAUUUGGGCGAGGGGGAAGAAGAAGAAAUCGAUAAUGAUGUUACGCUGUUAAAAAAUGAAAAAUAUGAACCGGAGCAGCUAGAAUAUCUUACAAAUCUUGAGAAAUGGUUGCACGUACGUCCGAAUUUAUUACUUCAGGGACGUGUGGUUUGGUUCGAUGAAUUGAAGGCGAAAAAAGAACGCGAUAAGAUAUUGGAAGGUUUGCGGAAACAAAUGCGUACAGAGGAAAUGGGAGAAGAAGAGGAAGAUUUAGAGCAGGAAGAGGAAGAUGAGGAUGUGGAUGAGGAUGAGGAGGGUGAAGAAUUAUCCUCACCCGAAGUUGGACCACCAAUACUUAAUCCAAUCUAUUUCGAUAUUAGCGAUCAGUACACCAUGCCAUGGGUAACACGUUUCACCAGCAAGUACACCAAUAAAAACGAACGCAUACUUGUCAUGCAAUCGAACAUUUGGCCGGGUGCCUACACAUUCACCUAUGAUAAGCUAUGCGAAUCGAUUUAUAUCGGUUGGGGCCAUAAGUAUGUGGCACGUAAUAUGCCAUUCGUUCAUUUGGCGCCUGUGAUGGAUGAGUAUCCACAUGGCGAGGCGGAUUUUAUAGAGACAACCGAUCCCACACCCGAAGAGGAGGAGGCCUAUCGUCUAAGUUUGCUCAAGAAACAAAAGAAAGUGGGUGAUGGUGAGCAUUUGAGUGAAUAUGAUGAAGAGUAUUUGGCUGACACAAGCACCGAUGACGAUGAUGAUGAUGAUGUAUGA